AUGGGUGCUGCAAAAUGGGGUGCUGCCAAUAGCGUGUGGCUGUAUCAGAAAGUCGACGACCAGAUUUGGUCGACACUGGAUAGCACACACUAUGCCAAAUAUGAUUUCUAUAAUUUCUAUAAUUUCUAUAAUUUCUAUAAUUUCUAUAAUUUCUAUAAUUUCUAUAAUUUCUAUGAUUUCUAUGAUUUCUAUGAUUUCUAUGAUUUCUAUGAUUUCUAUGAUUUCUAUGAUUUCUAUGAUUUCUAUGAUUUCUAUGAUUUCUAUGAUUUCUAUGAUUUCUAUGAUUUCUAUGAUUUCUAUGAUUUCUAUGAUUUCUAUGAUUUCUAUGAUUUCUAUGAUUUCUAUGAUUUCUAUGAUUUCUAUGAUUUCUAUGAUUUCUAUGAUUUCUAUGAUUUCUAUGAUUUCUAUGAUUUCUAUGAUUUCUAUGAUUUCUAUGAUUUCUAUGAUAAAUAUUAA